GUUCAUUCUGAUAAAAAAGAGAUAUGUUGGCGUCUUGAAAUGGCAUACAUACUACUACUGCGACAAACGUUCUCUAAACCUCAGUCAAAUCGGUGUUCUGUGUAUUUGACGACCAGGCUAUUCAAUCAGGGGAGCUGAGCACGAAACGGUCUCGGACUUGCACACGCUUUGAACGUGAUAAGCACCUCGAACAUACAUUUUCACCAGACAGUACCUUUGUAGCUGUUGGUUCGAAUGAACAGGUAGAUAUCUGGGAUAUACUAGAAGGCAGAAUAAUAGCGAGUCUGAUAGAUGGCUACAAUCCACAAUACAGGCUUCAUUUACAUCUGGGAUAUGGCGAAGGGAGAUCUUUUACAGCAAUUCGACUUCGGUCCGCAUCAGGACUUACAGAUCGCAAUUUCGUCCGAUGGGAAGACUGUGACAUCGGUAGAUAAUAACGAAACUUGUUUUUAGGAUGUGAGACCUGGGGAUCUCCUCAGGGAAUUUGGGACUCAGUUGACGCCUAUAUAGCCGUG